AUGAGUGACACUCAGAUUGGUGACGACAUUGAUGUCGAUGAUGGGGAUUUGGAAUCUCUUGAUGUGCCCUCGGAGGACCACAACCUCAAUGUGAAUUCUGGCUUUUCUGAAGACCACACCAUGAAUACUGAUGCCGAUGAAGAUCCCUUUCACCGCAAUGUUGACGCCAUGGAAGACAUGCGUUUGAGCCUCAGGCUCGAAUGUAACCCCAUGCUCGCACAUUACCAGCGCAUGCUCUCAUCCCUGUCAAAAUGCAGCUCGCAGGAGGGUCCGGAUUCGCCGCUGCCCGUCAGCAACCAACGCGACGAAAAGCUGGUGACGAUUCGUAGCGCCAUUGAAGAGGGCGCACCUUACCUUAGUCUCGACCAUCGACUGCUCGAGCCAGAUUAUGAGACCAACAACGUCCAACUCGACCUCAACUGGACUGCACUAAAAACCCUCCAACGCCCCGAGGAUGGGCCUUAUCGUGUUCCAGAGGUGCUCAUGACCACCAUCGAAUCGCAGCUGCAGGGUCGAUGGUCAAUUUUGGUGCUUCAAAAUGAACCCUUGGGGGUAGCAAUGCAGGCCGCGAUCCUAGCGCUCAAUGAAACCGAUGCCCUCCACGCUGACGCGCAACUCAAUCGUUUUUUGGCCGUCCUCCUUCCGGACGCCUUUGACAAGCUUUUGACGUCAAGCGCGCUUUACAAUUGGGAUUUAAGCACCUUUCAGCGCAUUCAGCGGCUCAUCAAUAUACUUCUUCGCCUGUGCAUCAAACUAAUCCCCUACGACAACGUCAUUGUCGGCGACAUGCUUGCCAAGGUCAAGCGAUUGACAGAGAACUUGUUACAUCACCCAUGCUCUGCUGCAGAAAUAGUCAUUCUCACUGGGCUCACUCGGCCGUUCGCGUGCAUUGACGCCGUGGAGGGAAACAUCAUCUCCUGCUUUGAAGCCAUCUUCGCAAGCACCGUCAACUUGGUGGAACACUCCGACCCAUUGCGUGAGGCAGCAGCUGAAAGCAACGCGUGCGCAAAACUGUUGGAGAUGCUGUAUGACCUGGCUCAGGACGCUCGCAAGAACCAGAUCUGCACCAAAAUGGCGUCGUUCAACGCCAGCGCCUUUGUGAUUGGAUCAAUCAUCACCACAUUCUUGAGCGUGCUCUACAAGACGGCAUGCACCAAACUCAAUAUGUCGAGCGACGAGCUGUUGCAACGUUUUUUUGAAAAAUUUCGUGAUUUGUGGGUUCGCGUCAACGCCGAAAAUAACUCCAAGCUGCUCAAGCUCUGCUUUGAGCGUGCGCUGGUUCGAUCGGAUGACGUUAUCAACGUCAUCGUUGCCAAUUUGAAAGCCUAUUGGGCCCAUUGUCGCGAGGUGCUUCAAGAUCAACCUGAGAACGAGGAUCCAGACACCAUCCUUUUGGAUGUCCUUUUUGAUGGUGUGGCGUAUGCUGAAGUUGUUUCAAAGUACCUGGAUGCCAUUGCUUGCAUUCUCAAGGUCAAUUAUGAUGAGCAUCGGCUCUCCUCGGCUCGCCUGAAUCUGGUCCAUGUGCAGCAAAGCCACUUGAUCGGUCUCGACAAGUUGUGGGAACUCGUGGCGGCCUGUUGCUGUUUUGGUCAUCGUGUGCGUUACGCCUUGCGAUUUGAAACUCACGAGUUGGUCAAUCGCAUGUACCCCCCACCCACCCUCUGUGCUGCCUGUGUGUACAGCUUGGAGCACCACCAAUUGGGCUACUUUUUUGAUGUGCUGGCGCGCUUCAUGGGUGCUCUCAAUGCCCUAGGACUUCCCAUGCAAGCUGUUCCCGUACCACCACAACUCUCCUAUGUAGUUUUGCGCGACACUGUGCAUGAGGAACAAGUGGGCUCCGAUGCGGUCAAUCAGAGCGCCAACAGCGUCCUCGACCCUCAAAAGCAAGAGAGCGAAAACGUUGAGAGCUGGACCACUGGAUCAAAACAUGCUGAUGCCCGCCAAGUUGACAAAAACGGUGACAUUCAUCGCAACAACAGAGGCGCCAGUCCAAGUGACACGGGCGAGAAUGGCGACGAUACAAAUUCGGCAAGAACGGGACGACGCGGCGCCCUCUUUGAAACCGACGAAAAUGACCCAGGGCUGCAGGGCAACGAUGAUGACCCAGCUGCAUUUGCGGUUGGCCGCCAAUCACUUGCCGCGGCAGGCACCGUAGUCGGCACAAGCAUGGCCGGGCCCAGCAAUCAUCUGCAACCCUCAUUCGAACCGCAGCAUGAGCCAAUCACUGAAGACAACUUUGACAGCAAUAAGGCAUCGCGUCGAAACUCACUGCAGUCCACGGGUGACAUGAAUGAUUUUGAAGACAUGACCUACGAUUCCCAGUCACUGCCUGCGGAUCCAAGUCGCGCGAGUCCCAUGUCGGAGUGGAGCAAAGAGGCGCCCCCAUUAAUCCAGACUUCCGAGUCAAAAUCACAUCCAGAACUGCAAGGACAAGCACAGUCUGAAGCUGAUGGACUCGAUCGCGUUGACGAGGCGCAAGACGCUUUCCCGCAAAAAAUGCCUCAAAAUCACGAGUCUGACUCGGCAACCACAUCGCGCACGACCUCGAUUGAGCAAUGCGUCGAGCCACAUCAUUUUGAGGCGAGUGAUUUCAUGACCAGCUUGCUGCGUGUUACGCGCUCUUUGGCUAUUUUAGCCGACAUUAUCAAGAGCCAUAACGAUAUGAAUGAGGUGUUGCGCUCUGAGCUCCCCCAUGCGUGCGCACAUCGCGGCCGUGAUGUGCUACUGACUGUUCAGCAGCGUGAUGGCCGCUGUCGCUUUCUUGUUCGCGCACACACCCAUGAACCUGCCAUGUUCAUCCGCAACCAGAUUGCCAACUUCUUGCAGCAACAGGUACAGAGCGUACAUCUGAGCAUCAACGACCAAUACUUGCGGAGCAGCGACUUAUCUAAGUCGCUUCGAGAACUAAGCGUGACAAGUGAUGCCAUUGUAACCGUGUCAGAGGAAAAUGGGCUCUAUGAGCAACACUUCCGACCGUCCGAACAGUGUUCAAGCUUGGCCUUGGUGUAUCGCCUGCGUGCUCUCAAGCAGCUGUUGCAGCCGGCAUAUGUGUGCAACCGAGACGAGGCCAUGACUCAAAUGAGACUUCGCUGCGCAUUCCUCAAGAGCCAUGCCGCCCAGACACUGUUUGCGCUACUGCAGCAACCUUUUGACAACGUGUCUGACGCGCGCGAGGCUUCAUCCUUUCUCGAGAUCAAAGUCAUUUGCCUGGAUACCAUUUUGGAUGUGAUGCGCCAGGCGCUUGCCCCCAGCACAGAAAUUGUUGUGCCGGUAAUGAGUGCAGUGCGCUCGCAAACCGGGGAUUUUCGAGGCACAGCGCUCAUUGAAGACGUAGCGGCAGGGGCAGCUGGCGACGGGGUUGUGGUCAGCUUUCAGUAUCCCAUGCAAGACGGUUUGCAACUGGUGCCAGAAGAAGCCCACAGCAGCGGCGCCCGCGCCAUGCCGAUGGAGCCUGACUUGACGCGCCAACUCUUUCAAAACCGCUCCUUCAAUGAUGAGUUUUUCCAAUGCUGCAAGCGCUUGGUUUGCCAGGCUUGUCGCCAGGAGUUUUCUCAAUCAGGCGAAGAUGGCUCAGCAAUACGAGGCCCGAUGCGACAGGAUUCACAGCUUCUCGCCACUGUCACGCGUCCUUCAAGCCCGGCCGUCCGCCUCAUUCAUCAGCUUGCGCUGGAUCUAAUGCAGCUGAGCGUGCAAGCUGGGUUGACACGCCCCUCAACCCUGGGCCUUGAUGGCAGUGACCGAGACUUUUUACUUCUCGGCCUUGUCCACGCUUCCCCUGCCAUCUUUCGCAGCCGUUUUGGCCGUUUCUUGCGCCACGCAAUGGGUCUGAACCUUGAAGAAGGUACAGCUAGGAGCGACCCGCACCCGCUAGCCGUGGCACCUUUGGAAGAGGCCGAGGUGGCUUCAAUCGCGCAGCGCGUCUUUGAGGUGCUGUACGACGCAGUUCCAGCAUGUUGGGAACCAGCCCCAAGCGAUUCCGGCCGCUAUGAGGAGCUUUUGGGACUGCUUGUCGAUCUGCUGGCACGGACGCAAGUGGAGGCUACCAAGGCCCACGGGGAACCGAUGCCCCUCGAUCCCCAGCACAUCUUUGAGCGCGAGGCGGAGUGGUUACAACGCUUUGUCGCGUGUCGCGAUGCCCGUGCGGGCGCUGCACACGAACAUGGAGAUGACCCUGGUGCUACGGCCCAGGGCGCUGUGGCAAUGAGCGAGGAUGAACAGCAGCCCUUUGAUCGCCAUGAGACGAAUCCGUCACCGGGACGCUUGCAAGCACCAACGCCCAAGGCUUCCACGGCUCGCUUUUUGGAGGGCCAUGUCAAGCUCUUCAAGGAGGCUUUUGGACGCACUCACGCCGAGUAUUGCGCAGCCUUUGUCCAGGAUCAUAACUUUCACAUGUUCCUGCUGACCACCGCUUUGUUGGGUGCGGGCAGUGCGCUGCAAGCGCCACAAGAGGCGCCAACCAGCGCCGCGCCUCUGUUUGUCGAUGCUAGCAUUCGCGAUACUCUCUUCUCGCUGUUGGCAAGCAUUGUGCAAGUGUCCGUUCCUGCGUUGAACGAAGUUUGCACGUGGUGCAAGACCCACAUGCUCGACCCAGUCAUCCCUCAUGGUGUGGGCUGGACCGUGCAAAUCGAGCGCCGCCAACAUGCCGUCGGGCUUCGCAAUGGCGGUGCCACCUGCUACAUGAACUCACUUUUUCAACAACUCUUUAUGCAACCCUCUCUACGCCGUGCCCUCAUCGACAUACCAACGCAAACGCGCGGCUUCUUUGCCCAGCAGGCGCUGGCUCAGAGUAACAGUGAUACGGCUCAGCUCAGGCUCAGCAUGGACGACCGCCUGGUCGAUAAGUAUGUGCACGGCGCGCAAACGGAAAAUACGCUGCUACAACUGCAACGCAUAUUUGCUCACUUGAACAGCGACGCCAAAUCGGUCAGUCUUGGCCCUGAUCUGCUCACUUCUCCCCGCUUGGAACGUAUUCGCGUACACGCUGUCCGGAUCCUCGGAUCCUGCCAUUGCGACUUUUCAGCUCAGUCGAAAUCUGUGGUCUGUUGUUGGCUGUGCUUGGGACUGCAGUUUUAUUCGCCGGAGCUGUUCUGGGCGACAUUCAAAUUGUGGGGCGAGCCCAUCAAUGUGCGAGUGCAAAGCGACGCUGUGGAGUUUCUUCAAACACUGGUGGACCAGACCGACGAAUUGCUGCAAUCAGCUGGUGCGGCGCCAAUUUUGGCGCCCCUCCUCAAGUUUGAGAUGAUAACCCAGAUCAUUGGUAAAUCGUGCCGUCAUACGUCUGAGCGACACGAGGACACCUUCAACCUGUCGCUGCCCGUCAUGUCCCACGACACAAUGCACGAGGCACUGCUGGAUUCGGUCCAAGGGGAGAUGUUCACAGGCGCCAACCAAUAUCGCUGCCAAGAGUGCGGUGUCAAGGUGGACGCCAUGAAACGCUCAUGCAUCAAAACGCUGCCCCCCAUGCUCAUGGUACAGCUGAAGCGCUUUGGCUAUGAUCUGCAAACAUUCCAGCCCGUUAAACACAACGUGCGCUUUGAAUUUCCUCAGGAGCUCGAUCUUGAGCCGUACACUUAUGGUUAUUUGACGCAAAAAGAACGCCAGGAGGCACAAGAGGCGGCCAGUGACGCAGACAAUGCCGCAGAUGCUGUUGAUCUUGGUCCAGCCAACUCUGAAGGGGUUUCCCCAGCGGAAAUUCCGCCCUGUUGCAAGUAUCGCUUGCAGGGUGUGGUUGUGCACAUGGGCAGUGCCAGCGCCGGACACUACUACAGCUUUUCUCGAACUCGCGAGACCCCAACGACGCUGGCUGAUGGGAGCGCUGGCAAAUGGCUCAAAUUUAACGAUGAGCAGGUGACUGAGGUCAUCGUCAAUCGCGAUUUGUGUGAAGACCAGUUUUACGGUGGUGGAACUACUUACAACACAGAGUAUGGUACCUUUGAGAAGAAUUACUCGGCCUACAUUCUCGUGUAUGAGCGCCUAGACGUGCUGGAAGAGCUGCGCCAGGGGCAGAGCCUGAACCCCAGCCCACAACCACCACCAGUACAGACGCCCGCAGAGGUGGCCAUGCUAGAUGGCUUCGAGGUCCCCCCCCAGCUGUCGGCGGAGAUUCAAGCUGGCAACCUGCGGUUUGAGUUUCUUCACCAGCUGCUGUCGCCAUCCUUUGCUGGCUUUCUGACGACUCUGGUGCAACAGGGACUGUACACCCCACCAGUCGUCUUGGCAACACAGGCCCUGCUGCGCGUUGGCUUGCGCGUCGCAACAGCGGUCUGGGCCUCUUCCGAGGAGCUCAUCAAGAGCGUGACAAUGAGUCUUGCCAACCCAAUUUUUGCAGUGGCUGUCCGUGAGGUUCUGGCCGCGGACGGCGCGCUCGUUACCGAUCUCCUGCAAGCCCUUCGUAACGGCGUCAUGCGCUCACGUUUGCUUGAGUUGGUUGAAACGGCCAUGACUAGCCUGCCUGCCGAGUCCGAGAUCAGCGCAGGCUUACGCAUGCCCUAUGGGCCAGUCAUUCAGGCCCUGUUGGCGGCAGACCUACCUGUGGAUCAUGACGGCUGCGCGCCACUUCUUUCUACCUUGUUCUGCAUCCUGCGCCAGGUUCCUGCCGGACUGCGGCCUGACUGUUGCCUGGAUGCCAUAGCUGGCUAUGCAUCCCGUCUGUUGUUGUCUGAAGACGGUUCGCUCAACGGCCCAGGCACGCUGAUACCGGAGGUCUCGGCCAAGUUGCGAGAGCUAGUGAGUAUCUUAUGCCAGUACAGCAAUCUCUGCGCCCACCACGACGAUGAUACUGUCCCCGUGCGCGGCAGCACAAACCCCGACAUCGACAACUUCAUGCCAGGCAAACCACGAGACCGGGUUGAACAGCCCGCUCUCCUUGUAGGAGAGCCGCCGCUGGCACCGUUGUCGGAUAAUCUCGCGCGAGUGAUAUUCCACGCAGAUUUUGUGCGCUUUAUGUUUGACUCGGAGCAGCUGGAAGACCCGGUUUUGGAGCAGGCGUUACUGCAUCUUGCGUUUGGUAAUCGACGCCUCUCACUCAUAAUCUUGCAUGAGUACAUGACGGCAUUUGCCCGGCGCCAGCUGCCCUUUCAAGGUCUGAUGGCUUGGCUCUCGGCCUUUUGGGCUUUGCGCGACGGCCUGGACGAGUGGCGGCAAAAGCUUAUCUUACAUGGCGGUGAGGUGCAAGAUGCUGGAGGUUACGUCGGGUCUGUGAAAAAAACCCGGGGUCUGGUAAAGCUCGUAGAAGGCAAUGAGCAAGUUGCGGUGCGAUACCGCUAUCUGAAGGUGUUGCUGGCACUCGGCGAGCAGCACCCAGGGCUGAUGACGCUUGUACCAGGCUCUGUGUGCCUGGCCUUGCAGGUGGCCGCCGACGAAAUGAAUACGAUUGCAACACCGGCAUACAGCGUCUCCGACAACAACGAAACCUGGAACCAGAAUCGCCUAGUUCGGUCAGAUUCUUUUAGGACGACGAUGACGCUAGUUCGCAACGUUCUGAAGCCCACCGAAACUGAGGCACAAGGCUCUUUGGAGAUCCCAUCGGCGACAAACGGCGAGGCGCAGAGUAAUGGCUCUGCCUUGAAUGAUGAAAAUGAGUUGGUCGGUGACGUCUGGACCUCGAUGCCUAUGGACCGAAUGUCGCCACACAGCGAGACCGACAUGAUUGAGAACGAGAGUGAAGCCUGA